AUGUCCGCGCCAAGGCAGGUUCAGAUGGAUUCCAUCGACGAGACCCAGGUGAUCGUGCACCAUGCUUGCUGCUGUUGCUACGACGGCUGCGUCCCAGAAUGCAACAACAUCGGCUGCGCUGCGCAGAAGACUCUCCUGUGCUGUGAGGCUGACAUUUGCUGCAAGUCCGGGACACCAUUCUUGUGCUGCGGAUGCUGUGCCCUCCGCUGCGUGGCCCCUACGACAUGCUGCAAGGUGCAAAGCCAGAUGUGUUGCUGUGUGGCUGGAUCUGCUCUCCCUCCGGACUCCGAAGUGCCCUGCAUGGUCAACAUGUGCUUCUUGAACUGCUUCCCCAAGCUCGGCAUCUGCGUCAGCCUCGGGGACAUGAAGAAGGGGGCCUCCAUGCAGUUUCAGUCGGAGAGCUCAGCAUCUUCUUGA